AUGGGACAGGUUCUCGAUAGAUCCGGAAAGGAGCUCUACAACUUCCAGGAGGUGACCCAGCAACUGAGGCUCAUGUUUCAGUCAGCGGACGACAAGGUCCGGAGCUUGAAGAAGCAAAACCAGAUUCUUAGUCAACUGGCAGCAAAAACGAUCCCUGCUGGCAUCCACUGUCUGUCCCUCCGCCUGACCAUCGACUACAAUCUCCUCCCACCGGAGAAAAGGAGGUUCCCUCAGACCGAGAGGCUUGAGGACUCUUCCCUCUAUCACUACGCCGUCUUCUCGGACAAUGUCCUGGCCGCCUCUGUUGUGGUCAACUCCACCGUUGUCAACGCCAAGGUAGGCAAAGAGGAAGCGGCGGCUCAUCUCUCCCCACUUCAUGGAAUUCCCACGUUGACCCUCAUGGUGCAUGCAGGAGCCUGAGAAGCACGUUUUCCACGUGGUCACUGACAAGCUCAACUUCGGGGCCAUUAGCAUGUGGUUCCUGCAGAACCCGCCUGGGAAAGCGGCCAUCAACGUGGAGAACGUGGACGAAUUCCGGUGGCUCAACUCCUCUUAUUCGCCGGUUCUCCGCCAGCUGGAGUCCGCCUCCAUGAAGGAGUACUACUUCAAGGCCGGCCAGCCGGCGAGGCUCUCUGCCGGCGAUUCUGCUCUCAAGUACCGCAAUCCCAAGUACCUCUCCAUGCUGAACCAUCUGAGAUUUUACCUGCCGCAGGUCUACCCAAAGCUCAGGAAGAUCCUCUUCCUCGACGAUGAUGUCGUCGUGCAGAGGGAUUUGACUGGGCUGUGGGAGGUUGACCUUAAUGGCAAUGUCAACGGGGCAGUGGAGACCUGCGGGGAGAGCUUCCACCGCUUUGACAAGUACCUCAACUUCUCGAACCCUCUCAUCUCCAAGAACUUUGACCCUGAUGCCUGCGGCUGGGCCUAUGGAAUGAACAUCUUUGAUCUCGAGGAGUGGAGGAAGAAGGACAUCACCGGCAUCUACCACAAAUGGCAAAAUCUGGUGAGUCAACCAUAGAACCCAUCCUCCUUGGAAUCUUCUGUUUUCAUGCUUGACUGCAAAUCUCGUAGGAAAUCUUGUCUGGUUCAUUGGUUGAUCGAAAAUCUGAUAGGAAGUCUGUUAGGUCAGUCAGUUGGCUAAAAUCUCAUCGGAAAUCUUGUCUGGUUGGUUGACUAAAAUAUCUCGGGUGAAAUGUAGUAAGUUGACUAAAAUGUCAUAGAAAGUUGACUGAGAAUCCUCAGUGAAAUGUGACACUUUGACUGGAAACCUAAUAUGUAAUCUAGUAGGUUGAGGAAGAUCCAGCAUGAGCUCGGGCAGAUUGGCUAAAAGAUUCAUGAGAAAUAAUGUGCAUUAGUUGACACAAAACAAAACAGAAACCCUCAGUUGAAACCUACCUAGUAAGUUGACCAGAAACCUCGCAUGGAGCCCAAAGAGGAAUGCGGGUUGACUAAAGAUUACCCGCUCUGAAUUUACACCCUGAGUUGACCAGAAAUCUGAUAUGAAAUCAUGUGCAUUGGUUGACGCAAAGCAGAACCAAAAACCUCUGCUGAAGCCUACCUAGUAAGUUGACCCAAAAAACCUCUCAUGAAAUCUUGUGCAUUGGUUCACUCAAAGCAAAACAAAAACCUCUGCUGAAACCUACCAGUAAGCUGACCUUAAAACCUCGUAUGAAACCAAAAAGGAAUGCAGGGGAGUUGACUAAAAAAUCGACUCUGAGAUUGAAAUUACACUGAGUAGACCGGAAAAAUCUCAUACGAAGUCAACUGCCACGCAGAACGAAGACCGGGCGCUGUGGAAGCUGGGGACGCUGCCGCCGGGGCUGAUCACCUUCUACAAACUGACCCAGCCGCUCGACAAAUCGUGGCACGUGCUGGGGCUCGGCUACAAUGGGACCCUCGACCAUGCUGUGAUCGCCAAGGCCGCCGUGGUCCACUUCAACGGCAACAUGAAGCCCUGGCUGGAGAUCGCCAUGGCCAAGUACAGGCACUACUGGACCAAGUACUUCAAGCAGGAUCACCCCUACCUCAGCAGUUGCAGCCUCAGCUGA